UCGUCUGCACCACCACCCCUCCCUCUCCCGGCGGCGUUCGGCACCCAUAUGGACGGCGACGACUUCCUGCCGGAGGGGGGCAAGCUCCCGGAGCUCAAGCUAGAUGCGAGGCAAGCGCAGGGUUUCAUCUCCUUCUUCAAGAAGUUGCCCAAGGAUCCUCGGGCCAUCCGUCUCUUCGACCGCCGGGAUUAUUACACCGCUCAUGGUGAAAAUGCUACGUUUAUUGCAAAGGCGUACUAUCACACAAUGACCGCCUUACGCCAACUAGGCAGUAGCUCUGAUGGAAUCUCAAGUGUCAGUGUGAGCAGGGCUAUGUUUGAAACCAUUGCACGCAACCUUUUGCUAGAGAGGACAGACCAUACACUGGAGCUCUAUGAGGGAAGUGGGUCAAGUUGGAGGUUAGCAAAAUCUGGAACACCUGGAAACAUUGGCAGUUUUGAAGAUAUUCUGUUUGCAAACAAUGACAUGCAAGAUUCUCCGGUUACUGUUGCAUUGUUUCCUGUCGUCCGUGAAAGUCAGCUGUAUGUAGGGCUUAGUUUUGUGGAUAUGACCAACCGGAAGCUUGGGUUGGCUGAGUUCCCUGAAGAUAAUCGAUUCACAAAUGUUGAAUCAGCCCUGGUUGCAUUAGGCUGCAAGGAGUGUCUUCUUCCAGCAGAUUUUGACAAAUCAAUUGAUUUGCAGCCUCUUCAGGAUGCUAUUAGUAACUGCAGUGUUCUACUGACCGAAAGGAAGAAGGCUGAAUUUAAAUCAAGAGAUCUUGUGCAGGAUCUUGGUAGAAUAAUCAGGGGUUCUGUUGAGCCAGUUCGUGACCUCCUAUCUCAGUUUGACUUUGCUUUGGGUGCCCUUGGAGCUUUAGUAUCAUAUGCUGAGUUGCUAGCAGAUGAUACUAACUAUGGAAAUUACACAAUUGAGAAAUACAAUUUGGACCGCUACAUGCGACUUGAUUCUGCCGCGGUGCGAGCAUUGAAUAUUGCUGAAGGGAAAACUGAUGUAAACAAGAAUUUUAGUUUGUUUGGUUUGAUGAACAGAACUUGCACUGCUGGGAUGGGAAAGCGGUUACUUAACAGCUGGCUGAAACAACCUUUGCUAGAUGUAAACGAAAUUAAUAACAGAUUAGAUAUGGUUCAGGCUUUUGCAGAAGACCCGGAGCUUCGUCAGGGUCUUAGGCAACAACUUAAAAGGAUAUCUGAUAUUGACCGCCUAACACAUGCUCUCCGGAGAAAAUCAGCCAACCUGCAGCCUGUUGUUAAGCUCUACCAGUCCUGCCGUAGAAUCUCAUAUAUCAAGAAUGUUCUUCAACAAUACAAUGGACAAUUUUCUACAUUGGUAAACACAAGGUUCCUUAGCUCUUUAGAAGAGUGGCUGGCAGAGAAUCGGUAUGGCAAGUUUGCUACUCUUGUCGAGACAGCUAUUGACCUCGAGCAAGUUGACAAUGGCGAGUACAGGAUAUCUCCCCUAUAUUCUUCUGAUCUUGCUGUGCUGAAGAAUGAGCUUUCUGAUGUUGAAAAUAAAAUAAGCAACUUGCACAAGCAUACCGCCACUGAUCUAGAUCUUUCCGUUGAUAAGUUGAAGAUAGAGAAAGGGCCAUUUGGACAUGUGUUCAGAAUCUCAAAAAAAGAUGAGCAGAAAGUCAGGAAAAAGCUUACGAGUAACUACAUUAUCAUAGAAACUCGUAAAGAUGGUGUGAAGUUUACAAGCACUAAGCUUAAAAAGCUAGGUGACCAAUACCAGGCACUGUUCAGUGAAUACGCCAGUUGUCAGAAAACGAUUGUCGAUGAUGUAGUGCAAGUUUCAUGCACCUUCUCAGAGGUAUUUGAGAAUUUUUCUGCAAUAAUAUCCGAGUUGGAUGUUUUGCAAAGUUUUGCUGAUUUGGCAACAAGCUGCCCAGUUCCUUAUGUAAGACCAGACAUCACAACAUCUGAGGAAGGAGAUAUUAUUCUGCAAGGUAGUCGACAUCCUUGUCUGGAGGCCCAAGAUGGUGUUAACUUUAUACCAAAUGAUUGCACUUUGGUGAGAGGGAAAAGUUGGUUUCAGAUCAUCACCGGACCAAACAUGGGCGGAAAAUCAACCUUUAUACGACAGGUUGGUGUAAAUAUCUUGAUGGCACAAGUUGGUUCCUUUGUUCCUUGUGAUCAGGCAAGCAUCAGUGUGAGAGAUUGUAUUUUUGCUCGUGUUGGUGCUGGUGAUUGCCAACUCCGUGGUGUUUCCACCUUUAUGCAAGAAAUGCUUGAAACAGCGUCCAUCUUGAAAGGUGCAUCUGAGAAGUCCCUUAUAAUUAUCGAUGAGUUGGGACGUGGAACUUCCACAUAUGAUGGAUUUGGUCUUGCAUGGGCUAUCUGUGAGCAUCUUGUGGAAGUGACGAAGGCACCUGCAUUAUUUGCUACCCAUUUUCAUGAAUUAACUGCAUUAGCAAAUAGAAAUGGUGAUCAGAACCAACAUGUUCCAGAUUUGGGAAUUGCAAAUUAUCAUGUGGGUGCACAUAUAGACCCAUCAAGUCGGAAGUUGACUAUGCUUUAUAAGGUUGAACCUGGUGCCUGUGACCAAAGUUUUGGUAUCCAUGUUGCGGAAUUUGCUAAUUUUCCAGAAGCUGUCAUUGCUCUUGCGAAAAGCAAAGCAGAAGAGUUAGAAGACUUCUCUACUGCACCAAACUUGAGCGAUGAACGCAGUGAUGAGGUUGGAUCGAAGCGCAAAAGGGUGUUUAGCCCAGAUGAUGUGACCAGGGGAGCUGCUCGGGCUCGGCUUCUGUUGGAGGAUUUUGCUGCACUGCCUCUAGAUGAGAUGGAUGGGAGCAAGGCCAUGGAGAUGGUCGCCAAAUUGAAAUCCGAGUUCGAGAAAGAUGCAGCCAGUAAUCCAUGGCUUCAACAGUUCCUCUGAAGGAAAUGAAUCUCUGUUUGGAUGAUGAAUGUGUUAUUUGCAGUUAGAAUCACUCAGAAUACUACGUGUCUACGCCGGCCAAUGUGGUCAUCCUGAAUCCUGAUCCUUUUGUUAGUACUAUGCAUCAGAUUAGGCCAAGUAGGGGUUAUUCGAAACGAGCCUUUAAUUAGUGCAAGCAAGCAGAAACCAUGUACAUAUGUUGGCACAGUGCUGCUCUGGUUGGCUGCUGAUAUUCCCUUUUACCUGAUCUGACCUCACGUCAUUGAACUGCUGUGUGACUCAUAAGCUUAACUGUGAUACUUCUCGAUGGCCA